CUCGAAGGGGACGGGAUGUCUUUAAUCGGUUUCCCACCGCGGAUUCCUCCGCCGGGCUGAACCUCGUCAGCCCCAUCACUUCCGGGUCCGCCAUUUUGUCGCCUCCAUUUCUCCACGAGGGGGGGGUUAAAGGCCCCCCCACCCAAUAUGCAUUUAUGAAAAAUCCGAAAAAAGUAGCCACCGCCGACGGGGCGUCCGAUUCAGGGGAGAAAAGGAGACCAAACUGGCGGGCGCGGAGGGAGCAGAGCCGGCGGCGCCCCCGACGCAGCGCUUCCUGAAAAUACUUGUUCUUAUGCAUAAGGAUGUCUUUAGUGGACUUGGGGAAGAGGUUGCUAGAAGCAGCAAGGAAAGGACAAGAUGAUGAAGUGAGGACAUUGAUGGCCAAUGGUGCCCCUUUUACUACAGACUGGCUUGGAACAUCACCUCUCCAUCUCGCAGCCCAAUAUGGUCAUUAUUCCACAGCGGAAGUGCUCCUGAGAGCAGGGGUUAGCAGGGAUGCCAGGACUAAGGUAGACAGAACUCCCUUGCAUAUGGCCGCAGCAGAUGGACACACACAUAUCGUGGAGCUGCUUGUCCGGAAUGGUGCAGAUGUCAAUGCCAAGGACAUGUUGAAAAUGACUGCUUUGCAUUGGGCCACAGAACACCAUCAUCGUGAUGUUGUGGAACUCUUAAUUAAGUAUGGAGCUGAUGUCCAUGCCUUCAGCAAAUUUGAUAAAUCUGCCUUUGACAUCGCUCUGGAGAAAAACAACCCUGAGAUUCUCGUCAUUCUCCAGGAGGCAAUGCAGAACCAGGUGAAUGCCAAUCCUGAGAGAGCCAACCCAGUGGCCAACACGGUGACGAUGGCUGCUCCCUUCAUCUUCACAUCUGGAGAAGUGGUCAACCUGGCCAGCCUUGUGUCCUCAGCCAGCACCAAACCCACUGCAGGUGAUUCUCAUACUUCAACAGUACAGUUCUCAAAUUCUACCACCUCAGUGCUGGCCACCCUGGCUGCUUUGGCUGAGGCAUCAGCUCCUCUUUCUAACUCCCACAGAGCCACUGCCAAUUCAGAAGAAAUCAUGGAAGCAAAUUCUGUAGACUCGGCAAUCCAACAAGUGGUGGGGAGUGGAGGCCAAAGGGUCAUCACCAUAGUGACAGAUGGAGUCCCCCUGGGUAAUCUCCAGACUGCAAUUCCUGCUGGUAGUAUUGGUCACCCAUUCAUUGUGACUAUGCAAGAUGGACAGCAAGUUCUAACUGUACCUGCUGGUCAGGUUGCAGAGGAGACCAUUAUUGAAGAGGAAACAGAAGAGGAAGAAGCAGCUGAAGAGUUGCCAGUGGCCAAAAAACAAAGGACAGAAGAAGUGAUAGACAGCAUGGAUGAAGGGAAGGAAGACAUAGAAAGAGAAUUGCUACAACAGCAGCUCCAGGAGGCCAAUCGCAGGGCCCAGGAAUACCGACAUCAGUUACUAAAGAAAGAGCAGGAAGCGGAGCAAUAUCGUCUCAAGUUAGAGGCCAUGUCCCGGCAACAGCCAGAUGGAACUGAGAUUACGGUGGUAGAGGAGGUGGCUGAGGUAGAUGCUGUGGUGGUUACAGAAGAAGAGGUGGAAGGGAGGGGAACCGAAGUUACAGGGUCAGUAGGGACUGUGGAACCUCAUGCUGAUGUUGCCAUGGAAACUGUUGCAUCCUAACAUUCAGGCCUCUACCCUAUAUCCCCCUUUCUUUUUCUUCCUUUUUUAAAAAAAAAAAACACAACAGAAAAAAAAAUUUUUUUAAAUGUCCAGGACUUUAAAAAAGAAAAUAACAAUAGGAUACAGCCCUAUGGACUUGGGAGAUCUCUUCAUGCAA